UAUGUGUUGUGUUGCGUAGGUUAUUUCCUCUUUUAUUCGCUGUCUCUCUCUCGCCAUUUGUUUCACAGUUUUCUGCAAACUAGUCAAAUCAAAACAACCUUCUUUUGGUCUCUCCUUCCUCACUCUCCACAACUCCACUUUCAAUCCCUAAAAAGCUUCCUUCUUUUCAUCUCCUUUUCAACUCCUAUGCUUCUGUGGAUGAUUUCUGCGGUUGACGGUGUAUAAUUCUUGGAAGAAAUAUCUACCAGAAACUUUCUAGGUGGUGAUAAUAAUGCAGUUAUAUCAUCAUCCAUUUGAUUUGGAUAGCCAGAAGGUGAGACUUGCAUUAGAAGAAAAGGGCAUUGAUUAUACAUCUUUCCAUGCCAAUCCUGUAACUGGCAAGAACUUGGAUUCGACGCUCUUCCAGAUGAAUCCCAGCGGAAGCCUCCCUGUUUUUCAAAAUGGAUCUCAUAUCAUUUACAAGACUAUUGAUAUUAUUCAGUACAUAGAAAGAAUUGCUGUGGUCUCUGCAGGGUCUGAGGAUAUCAGUAGUAAUAGGAAGGAAGUGAUUGAAUGGAUGCAGAAGAUACAAGAAUGGAAUCCUAAAUAUUUUACCCUUUCGCAUAUACCGGACAAACAUCUAGUUUAUGUUUCCAAGUUCAUAAGGCGUGUGGUGAUAGCUCGUAUGUCGGAGUCCCCUGAAUUAGCAGGUGCUUACCAUAGGAAGUUAAGGGAAGCCUAUCAAACCGAUGAAAAACUGAAAGACCCUGAUGUUUUGAGAAGGAGUAAGGAGCAUUUGGUUAGACUGCUUGAUGAAGCCGAAAGACAACUGAGUGAAACCCCAUAUUUGGCUGGCGAAGAAUUUACCAUGGCCGAUGUGAUGCUCAUUCCGAUUUUGGCUCGUUUAAAACUCUUGGAUUUAGAGAAUGAGUACAUAACUGGGAGGCCAAACAUUGCUGAGUAUUGGAUUUUGGUUCAGCAAAGGCCUAGUUAUAAAAAGGUGAUUGGUAAGCAUUUUGAUGGUUGGAGAAAGCACAAAACAUUGUUCAAAACUUGGUGCUUUGUUCGUAUUAGAAGUUUGCUUAAGAGGUACUAGUGAGGUACAUAUAUAUAAACUCAAGGUUGUUAAAAAAUGGUUGUAUAAGUAAAUACAUCAAAGUACUUUUUCUGUGUUGUAGAUAAGCCAGGUUUCUAAAAAACCAUUAGCUAUCUUUUUAUUUUUCUUGAAAUAGAAGGGGGUCCAUUUUUCUUUCUCCCUUACCCUUUGGUGCUUGCAGUUACUCUAGAAUGAGAUAAGAGGGAAAUCAAAGUGUGUUAUGUUAUUGGUUUGUCUCCAAAAAUUCAUUGGACCCAGUACUGAAACAAUCCAGUGUUGCAUUCUACUUUAUUGUCAAAAGAAAAGAAGAGGCAAAUUUGUGUGUAUUUAAUCAAUUAGCAAUUUCUAUGCAAUGUGUAUGUAUAUUGAUAUUGGAACAAUGCCUUUCCUGUGUAAGGAUUGCUGCUUUUAAUGUGUGACACUAUUUAAAGCUAAAAAUCAAAUGGAUCAAGAAAGUAAGAAUGAUGAUAUUAUUUCACAUGACUAUGUAGCAUGAAAUUUUUGUCUAUUUCUCUCGUCGGUCUAUCAAAUGACAGGAUGUGUGUGACAUAGAAUGCCUAGUUUGUGUGACAUAGUAUUGACUACAGAAGGUUGCAAUAACAAAUCAAUGAACACUUAUCUAUAAUUGAGACAUUUGCAAAGCUAUCGUUGUCUUUAUAUCAGUUUGUUUUACUCCAUAUCAAGCUGAUCCCAGAAUCAGUCUGUAUGUAUAUACAUAAACAUAAAUAAUCUGCAAACAAGGCAUCAAUUAUCAAAUUUCUUUGGAAGCUGAAAACAAGGUCUUUUCAUACUCUUUUCCAACUAAUGCAACCCAGUGUUGUAUCAUGUAUGUACAUAAAGGGUGACCCUUGAAAAUGGUGUACAGUGUACUGAAACACUCAUAAUUUUAAUAGUUGAAUUCAUUAAUGAAGUACGUGAUGGAUUUAUCAAAUGGUUAAAACUGGGUAUAUAAUACACCACUUCAAAUAACUGGAGUUCUCUCUGCUUAAAACAAUGGAAAGAUCAACUUUGUCAGAUUUAAUGAGCAGACCCCAAAAACAGGUCUUACUAACAAGUGUCCAAUAAAUGAUAAAUAAAAAAUCAAGAAAGGAAAAAUAUUAAUUGAAAAAGGGCUUCAAAGCUCAAAAAAUG